UAUCGGGUGGUGCGGUUACAUGAUAAGAACGUUUUCUUGAGUUGCAAUUAAGGUGAUAUUCAGAUUCUGUGUCCGGCCCAGGUGGAUGAGUAGUUGUUAGUGAGUGGACGUCUCCGGACUUUGGAGCGAUCGAAAGCAGAACAAAAUUUAUGAAUUUUAUAAUAUUUGGUUUCGUAAAGUUUGGAUGAUUUUACAACUUCGAUGCUGAAAUGAGCUCAUGCUAAGUAUAAUCUUUUCUGAGAUUCAAAAAAAUAAGCGGGCCUUUAACACUUUUCACUUUGUUACUCGGAGGAGGGACCGAAGCCCGAAUCGGAGUGUUGUAUUGGGUUCCUUAAAAUGGGCUAGAAUUUUGGGCUAUCGGUGGAAACUAGGCCCAGCGCCUUUGCAUACAUAUUAUUACUCACCGCGUUGGACUUGGAAAUUAGUCUGAAACUGAAGCCCAGAAUAAACCGUAAUGAAGGGACGUAUCGAAUCUCAAAGCACCAUUGGAGGGCUUGGAUAUCAGCGAAUGUGGCUAAGACCCCGUCUCUAAAACAGAUUAAGUAAACCCGACCCCAUUGGUCUCUUCCGUUCAUGCCAUUCAUUUUACUUCAUGCCAUUCAUUUUACUACAUUGAUUACCGCACGUCCCGCUUUCCUCUUCAUGGGUCUCUCGCCACGGCGUUUAAAGCCCACCACCCCUUCCCUCCCUCUCUUUCUCUCUCUCUCAUUCCAAAUGAUCCCCAUCUCUCCUAAAUGAUCACCGAGCAUAUUCAGAAAACAAUGAAGAAGAAGAAGAGCUCUUCCGCCGCCUCCAUCCUCUGGCCUCUCCUCUUGGCCACCCUUCUCCUCCCACCGCCCUCUCGGGCCCGGCUUCUUGAGCCCACCUCCGACGCGGCCGCCUUGGCCCAUCUCUGCCGUGCCCAUCGGGCCCACUGGGCCCACCACCACCACCACCACCACCGCCUUGCGGUGCAUCAUCCGCCGCCUUCUUGGUGCUUCCAAUUCCUGCAAACACAGCUUCACCCACCGCCGCCGCCGCCGCCGCCGCCGCCGAGCGGAGAAGAGAUCGACCCAAGGUAUGGCAUGGUGAAGCGGCUCGUGCCCACCGGGCCCAACCCUCUUCACAACUGAUCCACAGGCUCGCCCGGCCGACCGACCGACCGACCCAGUCCGGCUUGGCGCGUCUUCUCUUGUGGAUUUUUGGAUAGUCAUACUAUUUCCGUCUUGAAUUCAUAUAUACUAGUACAAAGUCCUUUCUUGUUCUUUCUUUCCGUUUCUUGUUGUGCGUGGCUUCCUAUUGCCGAAUCAAGGUGAA